AUGGGCCGACGCGAUGAAACAUCCCAGACCACGGUCGACCCAUCCCCCACACCAAUUGACCCCCCACCGGACGGGGGACUCAAUGCCUGGACACAGGCAGUGAUGGGUCACAUGGUCUGCUUUAAUACAUGGGGGUAUAUUGCCAGCUUCGGGGUGUUUCAAGCCUACUACCAGAGCAGUCUGGGGGUCUCCUCCUCGGCAAUCUCCUGGGUCGGAUCCGUGCAGAUCUUCCUGAUCUUCUUCAUCGGCACGUUCUCAGGCCGCGCGCUAGACGCCGGGUUCUUCCGCCCGGUGUACUAUACAGGGGUUGUCCUGCAGCUCCUCGGAGUCUUCAUGACCUCGCUCGCGACCCGCUAUUGGCAGCUAUUCCUGGCCCAGGGCAUCUGCACCGGCCUGGGCAGUGGGCUGCAGUUCUGCCCCGUCAUGGGAUUGGUCGCGACCUACUUCGCCAAGCGUAGGGUCUUCGCCUUGGCAUUUGGUCUCGUCGGAAGUGGAACCGGGGGCAUGCUCUUUCCCGGUCUCGUCAAGGCCCUCAUGCCCGUCAUCGGCUUUGGCUGGACACUCCGCGUCCUGGGCUUCGUCAUGCUGGGGACUAGUAUCCCCGCCAUGGCCUUGCUCAAGCCCCGGUUGCCGCCACGGAGGUCCGGCCCCCUGGUCGAGUGGUCGGCUUUCAAGGAACCCGCCUACGUGCUCUUUUGCCUCGGUAUGUUUCUGAAUUUCUGGGGCCUAUAUUUCGCGUUUUAUUAUGUGGGUGCCUUCGGUCGCUCCGUGAUUGGGCUGUCCUAUUCGGAUUCGACCAAUUUAAUCAUUGUCACGAAUGGGGUCGGCAUCGUGGGUCGUCUGAUCCCUGCGUUUCUGGCAGAUGUCUACUUCGGGCCCCUCAAUACGAUUAUCCCGCUGGCGUUGGGCGCCAGCCUGAUGAUGUUCUGUUGGAUUGCCGUGCACUCGGUCGGAGGGCUGUAUGCCUUUGCCGUGCUGUACGGGAUGUUCUCCAAUGGCGUGCAGGGUCUAUGGCCGUCGACACUGUCGAGCCUGACUCCGGAUCUCAGCAAGACAGGGGUCCGCAUCGGAAUGGGAUUCACCGUGGUGAGCUUCGCCUGUCUGACUGGUCCCCCUCUCGGCGGGGCUUUGAUAGCCAGGGCAGAUGGUUACAUUGGAGCGCAGAUCUGGGGUGGGUUGACGUUCGUAUUGGGCGCGCUGGUCUUGGUCACUGCGCGAGUGUCGAAAACUGGCUUGCAGCUAAAGGCUAGGAUUUGA